AGGAUAUGCAUUGGCUCCCAGCGCUCACCGGCUUACAGGACACACUCUAAAAUGUAAUUUCAGAAGGCCUAAUUGUUUCUGCAGUGAUUUAGUUUCAUCCUUUUCUUUUUUUUUCUUAUUUUUUCUCCCUUUCUCUCCUCUUCUCUUUUUUGUUGUAGUUGUUUUUUUUUGUUUUUUUUUUUACAUUUAUUUGUUUUACCAGCUGCUGGAUUUUUCCUUUCUUUAUAACUACUGUCACUCUCUCCGUUUACAAAGGAAGGAUCUGCAAAUAGAGACAACCACAGCAAGACAUGUCUCUCUGGGGAUGAUGCUGUUGCCGUUGGUGCCACUCUCCCUGUCACCAUGACAAUGCCGCUCAGCCCCCUCUCCAGUGACGAGGAGCAGCAAAGGAUGCUGGGAAACAAUCAACAUCUAUAUCCAGGGGCAGAAGAGGAAGAGGAGGAGGGAGAGGAAGAGGAGAUGGAUGAUGAUGGCAUAGACGAGGAAGGAGAGGAGGAGAAUGGAGAGCUGGAGUUAGAAGAUGAAGAGGAGGUGGAUGAUGAAGAGGACAUCAGGCGAGGACCCGAGCGCUUGAGAGGAGGCAGGGAAGAGGGGCACAGGCAAAAAGGCAUAAUGGCUGGACGACUCCCAGGAGACAGACAGAUACGACCCGGCAACCCAGGCCACACGGCUAACCCUUAUUCGUCCAACCCUGGACCUACCCACCAACCAUCAACUAAUCAGCAGCAGCAACAGCAUCAGCAUCAGCAGCAGCAGCAGCGGAAGCUAAGAGAGCGGAGCUCUAGCAACACACCUGACGACACACACAUAGCUAUGAUGGUGUUUCGCAUUGGCAUUCCAGAUAUCAAACAGACGAAGUGUCUGAGGUUCAACCCAGAUGCAACAGUGUGGAAGGCAAAGCAACAGGUGUUGUGUAGUCUAACUGAAUCUCUGAGGGAUGUUUUGAACUAUGGCCUUUUCCAACCUGCUACUGAUGGGCACGAUGCCAAGUUCUUGGAGGAAGAAAGGCCGCUUCGCGAGUACCCGCAAUCCUUUGAGAAAGGUGUACCCUACCUGGAGUUCCGCUACAAAACCAGGGUCUACAAACAGACAAAUCUUGAUGAGAAACAGCUGGCCAAACUGCACACAAAGGCCAGUCUAAAGAAGUUCAUGGACUACAUCCAGGCUGGCGCCAUAGAAAAGGUAGCCAAACUUCUGGAUAAAGGGCUUGACCCCAACUACCAUGACCCUGAUACAGGAGAGACCCCACUCACUCUGGCAGUACAGACGGAGCCGGGCGGUGGGGAGAACAUCAGGGUUCUGGUGAUGGGGGGAGCUCACAUUGACUUCAGGGCAAAGGAUGGCUUGACCCCUCUCCACAAGGCCGUCAGAGCACACGGACACACAGCCCUACUGACGCUUUUGUCUUUAGGGGCGUCUCCUGAUUAUAAGGACAGCCGUGGGCUGACACCACUUUACCACACUGUGCUGAUAGGGGGUGACACCUCCUGCUGUGAAACCCUCCUGUACCACAGAGCCACGCUGGGGCUCCGUGAUGAGAAUGGCUGGGAUGAGACCCAUCAGGCCUGUCAAAAUGGCAACUCACAACACUUAGAGCACCUGCUUUUUUAUGGUGCGGACUCUUCAUCGCAGAAUGCCUCAGGAAACACUGCCCUGCACAUAUGUGCUUUAUAUAACAAGGAGAGCUGUGCACGCAUUCUGCUGUACCGAGGAGCUAAUAAGGACACAAAGAAUAACAGUGGGCAGACCCCCUUCCAGGUGGCUGUGAUGUCUGGCCAUUUUGAGCUGGGAGAAAUUAUUAAGAACCAUCGAGAAUCAGACAUAGUCCCCUUUUUGGAGUCUCCGAAGUAUGCCCCCCAGAGAAGAGAAAGUGCACGUACUCUUGGAUUGCCCCAUCCUCACCCCUUCCUGAGGGCCAACAGUGACAAUAGCAUGAAUGUGCCUGAUUGGAUUGCCUUUCCCAAUGCUGCUGGAUCAAACAUUGUCUCUGUACAGGGUCUGAAGCAUGGCGGCACCCUGCGUAGUUCCAGCAGUCCCCGUGGAGCCCGAACCCGUUCCCCAUCCCGUGGCAGAACUGGAGACAAAGAUGAUCGGAGCCGGCAAACACGUGGAAGACAAGGGGCGGGCUCCAUCAGUAGUCAGGGCACAGUGAGCGGGCAGCGUCGGCGUCUCUACAGUGCCGUACCCGGGCGCGUGUUUGUGGCCACUCGCUCGCACUCGGCCCAGGGAGACCGUGAGAUCAGUUUUAACAAGGGAGACAAAGUCAAAGUACUGAGUGUGGGAGAAGGGGGCUAUUGGGAGGGGACGGUUCGAGGGCGCACUGGCUGGUUCCCCUCUGAUUGUGUGGAGGAGGUGGCACUCCGCAGCCUGGACAGUCGUUCAGAGAGCCGCAGCGAGAGAGCCAAACGACUGUUCCGGCAUUACACCGUUGGAUCCUACGACAGCUUUGACGCGCCCAGUGACUAUAUAAUCAAGGAGAAGACAGUCCUCCUGCAGAAAAAAGACAAUGAGGGCUUUGGCUUUGUGCUGAGAGGAGCCAAGGCUCAGACCCCUAUAGAAGAGUUCACUCCCACCCCAGCCUUUCCAGCACUGCAGUACCUUGAGUCUGUUGACGAAGGUGGAGUGGCUUGGAGAGCUGGUCUACGGAUGGGAGACUUCCUUAUUGAGGUGAAUGGGCAGAAUGUGGUAAAGGUGGGGCACAGGCAGGUGGUCAAUAUGAUCAGGCAAGGCGGUAACAGCCUCAUGGUCAAGGUUGUCAUGGUUACCCGGAAUCCUGAUAUGGAGGAAGGGAUCAGAAAGAAAAUCCCACAGCAGAGUAAGAGACUGAGCACACCGGCUAUUGCUCUACGCUCCAAAUCCAUGACAUCAGAACUGGAAGAGAUGGUGGACAGAGCCUCUGCCCCAUGGAAAAAAAAAUCAGAGUUAGAAUCUUCACAAGCUACAGAGAAGAAGAGGACAGUUUAUCAGAUGGCUUUGAAUAAACUGGAUGAGAUUUUAGCAGCAGCACAGCAGACCAUCAGUACCAAUGAGGCUCCAGGGCCCCGGGUUCCGGGUAUAAAAAGAGAACGGGGCAGAGGCUUUUAUAAUGAGCCAAGUUUUGACCAAUCAGGAAUGGGAAUGACAUCUGGGGCUGGGCUAGGCUACGACCGUGGUCAGUUUGUGUCUGGCCACACCUCCCAGCAUGGUAUGCUGCGGCAGAAGUCCAUCGGGUGUCCUGAGGAUGAGAAGCAGUUCCUUCAUCCUCCAGCCAUGAAGUUUGCUCGCAGUCUUUCAGUACCUGGACCAGAUGAUAUUCCUCCUCCCCCAACUACAGCCCCCCCUGAACCCCCUUUCUCCUCAGCUCCCCCUCUUGGCUUUAGGGGCAAGACAUCCCAGCAACCUUCUGUUUCUGUGUCCCAAUCCACUUCCUCUUCUGCACAUUAUCAGCUCUAUUCACAGUCAGUACACAUCAGGGACAGGUCCCCUGGACACCCAUCUGGGUCUGGAACAGGGGACCAUGCAUUAUCUUACUCCCAUGCCCAAGCCCACCCCUCUGUACCAAGCAGGACUGCCUCCAGGAAGGUGAUUGGGUACACAGGGGACCUUGCAGGGGCUGGAGGAGCAGCAGGGGCUAAAGCUGCAGCAUUAAGAAGGGGCUACAGCAAUGCAGUCCCACCCACUAGUGUUGCUACUGUGAUUCCCCAGCAGCAGCAGACUGCUCAGAGCCAACCUUCUAGAAUGGACCGCAGUUCAAUGGAGGGAGGAGCAGGGGGUAUCCCGAAAGGUGGUGCACGGAGAGGGAAGGGGCCCUUGGUCAAACAGUCAAAGGUGGAAGAUCUGCGUCAGGGCCAGGCUACACUAGAAGGAAAGGGGUCAGUGGAGAAAAGCUCUAUUCCUAUCCCCACCAUCAUUGUGAAAGCCCCAUCCACCAGUAGCAGUGGUCGCAGUAGCCAGGGCAGCAGUGUGGAGGCUGAACCACCUCCCCCAGGAGAGAGUGACAGUUCUAAACCCCAACCUAUUGCUCCCCCACCUGCACCCACUGUUCCACCGCCAGCCCCUCCCUCUAUGCCUGCUCCCCCACCUCCAUCACUACCAUCACUUCAUACUCAAGAGAGUUUGGACUUCACCAGCCAGUUUGGUGCUGCCAUAGUGGGGGCAGCUCGCAGGGAUCGAGAACGAUUCCAUGAAGCACGAAGGAAGAGUGCCUCUUUUUUUCUUUCUACUGAGGAAGAGAUGGGAGGAGAUGGAGGAGGAGGGGGAGGACGGACCCAGACCUCCCAACAGCAGCUGAGCUCUCAGCCUUCACCUCGCCUCCGACCAUCCAAAUCUAUAGAUGAGGGCAUGUUCUCAGGUGAUACCUUUAUCCACCACACACGCAGUAUGCCUCCUGCCUUUGGCCUGCCUGAGUACUCCUCACCUGUUUCUCCUGGGGACUAUCAACCCAAGUCUGUACCUGCUGACUUUUAUGGGGCAGGAGGCCGACAGCAGCAACAGCAAGCUUCUACCACAACAUUUAUUCACCCACUAACAGGGAAAGUUCUGGACCCUUCAUCUCCACUCGGUUUAGCGUUAGCUGCACGGGAACGUGCCUUGAAGGAUGAUGGACGUAUUCGCAGGGAAAGGACCACAGAACACAACUUUAGCCGUCAGCUAUCCAGCAUUGGGGCCUUCCCCUCAUCCACUGCUCAACCCACCUCACACCUCUCCUACUCAGUGGCCUCAUCUUCCUCUACAACCUCCUCUGCUGCCCAGUCUUCCAGCUCCUCCUCGUACCUUGUUACCUCCUCUUCACUAGCUGCCACCACUACAUCCACUCGGCCUCCAUCCCCCAGGAUCCUGCGUGGAGCAGGGAGUAGCUGGGGUGAGGAGGCAGGGGUAGGAGAGCGCACAGAUAGGGAGGCUGCUGGUACCUCAGCUCCUAGAGAAGGCCUAAGGGUUCGUUUCUCUGAAGAUAAAACCGUUCACACACACCACUACCAAUCUCAGCAUUACCAGCCCACCUACAAGGAGCGUGAAAGGGAGCGUCACAGAGAGAGAUCACGAGAAAGAGAGAGAGAAAGGGAGAGGGAAAGAGAGAUGGAAAAAGCUCAGACCCAGAUGCAGCAGCAGUCCACAGCAGCAAUGACCCAGCAGCCUCGACGUCCCUCAUUCUUGAGGAUGGAGAGUGAGGCUGGGGCAUACAUUCUUUCAUUAACACCUCCAUCCCCUUCUCCAACUGUGGCCCCAACACAUCCUUCAGCUGGAGGUGAAGGUGGAAGUGGCCCAGGACUUAUGGUUCUCCCUCCCCCAGCUCCCUCGGUGGAUGCAGAUGAUGAGUUUGUGUUUGUUGAUCCUCUCCCUCCACCAUUGGAGUUUGCCAAUAGUUUUGAUCGUGGUUUGGGUUACUCUGGGAUGAUGUCUCGUAAUGUGACAGCCCGCCAUCAGCUUCAACCCCCUCCUCCCCCACCACCUCCCCCACCACCUCCUCCUCCUCCUAAAGACACCUUUAUGGCAGGGUUCCCCCAUCACACACCACUGCCUUCACCCCAGGCAGGGGAUUCCACAACUUCCAGUCUUACUUCCUAUGACAGUGAAGUUGCCAACCUGACCCAAUCAGCCCUGUCUCCCUCUCCAUCUUCCCCCUCCACCUUGCAGCCCUCUGCACCACCUCCACCUCCCUCUGUAUCACCUCCGCCUCCACCCACCUCUUACCACAGACCAUUUGGCCUAUCUCAUUCACAACACUCUUCUCCCACACCCCCUCCCCUCUCUAUCCCAGCUCCACCUGCAUACCGGGGGCCCCCAACAGCAACAUCCACCCCUGCAACUUCAGUCUCUCUUAGAGGUACCUCAACUGUGAGUGCGAGCAGUUCCACAACUGCUACUGCAACUAUCGCUACUACCACAACUACUGCUGCCGCUGUCACCCCGCACACACGCAUGGCAACUGUCUCCACAGUAGCUACAGGGGGUAGCAGGCGGCCCAGCGCAGAGCAUCACCCACCACCCAGUGCAGCUUCAGUCAAGAUUUGUGAGUCCCAGGAGACAGUGGUGGAUUCUGGGAUUGAGGAGCUGGACAGCCGAAGCAGCAGCGACCAUCACUUAGACAGUAUUUUAGCACUCAGUGGGACUGGGAUCAGAGAGAGGCUGGAAAGAGCAGGGAUGGGUUGCUUAGGUGGAGUUGGAGAGAGAGGUGGGUCAACAGAUGCCAACAGAAUCAGUGGAACAGACUUUUUAGAAUCUUACAUGAGCUACCUUGAUGGACAGACAUUUGAAAUGCACAAUGCCAAAGCCACCAACACUGCAUCCACCUACCCGAAAACACAGAGGUUCAGAGAAGGCAGCCGGGCUGGAGAUCUUCGACGGCAAACCAGCACUGCCCCCCCUGCAUAUCAUCGACGUAGAGAGGAGGAAGAGGAGGAGGAGGAGACAGAAGAGGGAGAGGAGGAUGUGAAUGCCCGUGAUGGCUAUGGGAUGAGGGAAGGGACAAGGAUUGCUCGCUCCUCUGUAAUGUACUUUGACCGACCCCACACUCCAGAGAUAAAACCUCUGUGGGGUGAUGGAUCGGCCGGAGUGGCACAGUCUGUGGGGGAUGGAGGGGGCCAGGCUGGAGGCGCAUACGUUGAGGCACGUAAGCUGCAUCCUCCCAUGACCAGUAUGAAGGCAAGCAUCAUCAAUGAAUUAAGCACCAAAUUACAGCAGAGGAGCAAAGGAACAGAUAACUGGGGAGCUCAGAGGUCACUGAGCCGACACAGGUUCUCAGAGGACUCCACAGGUGCACUGAGUCCUCCCUCUGUCCGCUCUACCUCCCCAUCUCCUGUUCAGCUUUCUCAGCCUGCCUUGUCUCCCUCACCCACAACUUCCUCCCAGCCGCUCUAUGCAAAUUGGGCUCGAUCUCCUUCACCUCAGCCCCCUGCUACCUCAUCGCAGCCUCCUCCCCGCUCCCACUCACCCAUUUCUCCCUCAUUGUAUUCACCGUACCCAACUUCACCCAAACACCGGCCUGUGUACCGCACCAAAGCCCUGGAGUUCCAGUUUAUCCCCAGCCGAGAGUCCCGUAAGGCUGAGUCCCAUCAUGGCCAGCGCAGGCGAGCACCCAGCCCACUAAUUUCUCCCUCUGACCGCCCAAAGAUUGGCCCUCCCCGACCCUCAUCCCUUCCCAUUCUCCCCACCACCCCCCUCUAUAGCAGCCUGUAUGACCUCCGAGGUUCUAUUACUCCACCCUCACCUGCCAACCCCCUCGGGGACCCCUACUUCUCCCCCUCCCCCCCUCUCUUUGCCCCCUCAGGUGCCCCACCACCUCCAAAUUCCUCUCUUGUGGUCUCUCGAUCCCUGUCCCCCACCCAUUUCCUGUCAGGGACUUCAUCCCCACCUCUCCACCCUAUUCCUCCACCCACUUGCCUGAGUUAUCCCCACCUUCCACCCCCUUCACCUACAAAACCCUUUGCCUCCAAACCACUUCCGUACUGGACCAAGUACGAUGUGGCUGAUUGGCUGGGCUAUCUGAACCUGGGUGAGCAUAGGGAGCGUUUUCUAGACAACGAGAUUGAUGGCACACACCUGCCCUCUCUUACCAAGGAGGACUACCUGGACCUAGGAGUGACCAGGGUUGGCCAUCGCAUGAACAUAGAGAGGGCACUCAGGAGAGUGAUGGACAGGCUGACUUCUAGCACUUUCCCUGUUUCCGCCCUCUCCCCUCGACAUGAACGGAUGGACAGAAGGAGAAAUGAGGCCAACACAGCUGAGAGGAAAGGAAAUGUGAGGUGACAACAACUGCUGCCAUCAGAGAUUAUUCACUGAAUGGGGAAAAAAAAACGUAAGAGGGGACUUUGAUAUCAACCUACCGGCUUACAGAUGAAGAAGAGAGAUAUGGGAGAGAAAGUUGAAAGGCUGACAAACUGUGAAUACGCCUGCACUCACAUAUGUGAUUCAGUCAACUAAACCAUAAACACCCACAUACAUGGUACAUAUCAACAGAUAAACAAAACACACUUAGUUUGAGAUUGCAGGCACUCACAAGAUAAUCAAAAUGGAAAUGAUCAAAUUAAUCAAUCAUUCAAAACCAACUCCACAAUGGAGAAGGUGAUAUACUACACAACUGAGCCAAAUAAUUUUGAGGGAAAGAAUCAAAUUGAUCAUUAGCAUAAAUGUUUUUUUUCUGUGGUUCUUUAGAAAGAUAUAGGGAGAAAGAGAGAUAUUGAAACCUCCUUUGCUGUCUUUCUCUUUUUCUCAGUUUUUGAACCAAGUCUGUUUUACUGACAUAUUGGUCUAAUUUUUAAGAGCAGGUUUAAUGGAGACCGACAAAGAGAGGGCAAGUACUGACAAACCCCCUGUCUGGCAUGACUGUGGAAGCCCUUAAAAUAGAAGUCAAUUUAAUGGCAGGCACUUAUUUGGUAAGCGUGUGUUUAUGUGUGGGUUCCCUGUGUGUGUGUGUGUGUGUGUGUGUGUGUGUGCGUGUGUAAAUUGAAAGGUUAUCACUAGAGGCAUGACCGUGAUUUAUGUGUUUUUACCUCACCAAUGAAGGGAUUCUAUUUUGCCGAAGACAGAUUGAGGUUAAUGCUUAUCUUGUAUUUCAUUAGAACGUAUUUACCUUCUCAUGUCUUAUAAUGGAAUUAUAUAUCUAUAUCUAUACAGACUGGUCACUGUAUUAAAAACCCGUAGCAAAAAUAAGUGCCCAGACCAACAGAAUAGAAACUCAAGCACUACAAACACACUUGCACAUGUACACAGGACAUCCUAUGAUUCCAACAUCCAACAUACAAACACAUACACACGAAAAAAACAAACAUUGAUACACAUAACUUUUAUUUAUAUAAAUUAUAAUGGGACACAGUGAAAUAUCUAUGUUUAGACUCAAGAUGAUGGUGUUAAAACAUACGCAAAAAAAUCUUUUAAUUAAGAUACAACAUUGUAAAAAAAAUAAAUAAUUAUAUAUAUAUAUAUAUAUAUAUAUAUAUAUAUAUAUAUAUAUAUAUAUACUGAAAAUGUAUCAGUUUUUACCACAGACUCUCAAAAUGACUGCAACUUCAAUGAAACUUUCAAAGAUACAGAGGCUCCAUUUUAAGAGACAAGGAGAAGAGGGAGAGGGAAAACCAAACUGCCUGUAUUUCUCUUUUUCCAAGUCACUCUCCCUCUCUCCUUCCAAAAACACUCUAUGGAGGCAAGGCAAGACAAACAUGCACUCUGACAUCGGCGAGGGACACAUGCUAAUAUCUGUUUUUUUUUUUUUUUUUUUAAUACGAUUGUUCCUAUAACAAUUUUUAAACUAUAAAUGAGUCUGGAAUUGUUGAUUUAACAAGAGAUAAUGUUAUUUAUUGCAGUCACUGUUCUCAUCGUCCUUGCUGUUAUCGCACUGACUGAGCUGCAGUGUUUGUUUCUGAGAGCUAACGCUGGAAGUUUAUGCUUGACAAUUUUUAGUUUGUGACCUCCUGCAAUGUGCUUAUUGUUGGUACCUCUAGGAUUUAAAUUAGUGAAAAGAUUUCAUAUCUAACAAUGUCCCUCACCCUUCUCUUCCCUCUCUACAUAAUUACACAAAAUAUUGUCACCACUUUGUAAGCAAGGACUAUCAAUAUCAAAGAGUUUAUUGUCUGUGAAGUAUACACCCUUUAUGUUCAUACUCCCUUGCACAAACCUAAAAUUAAAUCUAGUGACCUCCAUCACAAAUAGUUGCUCAAUCAAUUAAAAGGGCUCCUCAUCACAUUGCAGUUCCUUUUAUGAGUUAUUCCUCCUCUUUCUUUAAUCUGCUGUCACCUUUACAAUGACUUCACGUUUAUGUUCCCUUCUUAUCUUUGUAAUGUAUCUUUCAGGACCAUCAGUAAAGAUCCUCACUCCCUCCAUCUUCAAUCCAUCUUGCAUUAGUUCAUCCUCUCAUAAAGACAUUCAUUAUGCAUCACAGUGAUCGCUUAAUCACUUAUUAUGAACAGAAAGAUUGCAUAACUAAUUGUAUUUUUGAUAUUUAAGGCUGGUAAGUAUAGUGAAAUUGAUGAUAACAGUAAGGACAAUGAAAUAAAUUAUAGUUCUUAUGGUUUGAGAUGGAAAAAAGUAUUCAAAGUUUUAAAGAAUCUCUGUCUUCCAAACAAUGUUUAACAUGGGUUUAAUGUUUAUCAUGCUUUCUACACAUCCUGCUUCCCGUUUUCUCACUUUUCCUCAGUCUAAUUCAAGACAAGUUUCAAUAGCUGCAAGUCUAUAGUAUCCAGGUGUAUGAUAUUUCUCACUGUCACGAGUUGCCCACUAGGUGGUAUAAGUCACUCACUGUACUAUUCACCCACAGUUUCAAUCAGUUUCCGAAUUGAAAGAUUGGUUAAUUGGAACACACAAUGCAAGAAAGCUAGCAUGUGACAUCAGCAGCCUUUUCUGGAUUGAGAGGGAAAUUCUUUAAACAUCAAGCUCAGAUUUCUUAAGGCGUAAUGCUCAUUUGAGCUUCAAAUCCUUAAAAGAACAGUAUUCAAACCUCCACAUGACACGCUUUGACACACUGCAGGGUUAUCCAUUUUCAUCCUGCAGUCACAUGCACAUUGAAGAUCACAGAGCCAUUAAAGAGUCCUAUGUGACCUGGGAAGAGGUCACAGAUGAAACACGAGCAAUUGAUGCUGCAGAGAUCCAGGGUGUGCAGAAAGCAUCUCUUUGAAAAUUAACUAUGAACAGAUAAAAGGUUAUUUACAGAGUAUAUAUGUAUACGAUAUACAUAUUCAUAUACACAAAAUACUAAUGUUUUAAGAAUUGAAUAAAAGUUAUUAGAAUUAUAAUAAAAGACACAGGAAUUA